AUGUCGGAAGUCUCCUUCGUCAAAACCUUCCUCUCAGCGCUGGACUCCCGCCCCAUCAAGCUCCGCGCCGACUAUGUCCUUGACGAAGAGCAAGUCGGACCACGAGUCCCUUACCUCCUCCCUCGCCUCCAAGCCCCUCACCCGGAGAUGCCCAAAAAAGUAACCCCCACCCUGGCGCCCGGCUCCUCGAGAUCCAUAACCGUGCAUCUGAAAUCGGCCCGGAACCCCGUUCUCGAAUUCUCCCUCCCCAACGCCCCCAUCUCCACAACCUCCGUCCAGGACCUCAAAGACGCAGUCCGGGACCGUGUCGCCGACGCACAAGACAACAAGAUCUCCCUGGACAAGAUCAAGAUCCUGUAUAAGCGGAAGCCGGUGACGGGGAAGACGAUCGCGGAGGUAUUGGCUGAUGAGCCGGGGAUGUUGGCGGGGGGGAAGGAGGUGGAGUUUGGGGUGAUGAUUAUGGGGGGUGCGAAGGUUGUUGUUGAUGAUGAUGCUGUGGGGGGGCAGGAGAAGGAGGAGGGGGGUGUUUCUUCUACGCCUAAGCCGGCGGUUGGACCGAGUGGGGAGGAAGUGUUGCAGACGGAGGCGUUUUGGGAUGAUUUGCAGGGGUUCUUGGAGCAGAGGGUGAAGGAUACGGAGGAGGCGAGGAAGUUGAGGGAGUUGUUUAAUGGGGCUUGGGUGGCGAGGAGGUGAUGGGUUGUCUGUCUGUCUUUCUUUUUUGUUCUUUUAGUUAAAUAAUAUCUUGGUAUUGGUAUCGGGUGUGAGUGGGGGUUGGUGUGUAAGUAUGUGUGUAUGUCUGUAUGUGAUACCUUCUAUUGAAUACUUUGGGAUUGAGCUGUGUCUUUGGGUCGACGGUUGUAUAUGGGAGAGCGCAUGCAUGUCAAGUAGUAGAGGAAAAGGAAGAAUAUUUUCAGGCUAGAAUACUACCUACAGCCCGGCUAUU